CCCGACGGAAGCGGAAACGGCGCUCGCCGCGGAGCCGCGGGGCUCUCUGGCUCCGGGAGGCGCGCUGCUUCUCCGGCCCCCCGCGUCCCUGUCGCCAUGGCGCUGGCCGUCUUGCGGGUCCUGGAGCCCUUCCCCAACGAGACACCCCCGUUGGCCGUGUUGCUGCCGCCCGGGGGCCCGUGGCCUGCGGCGGGGCACGGCCUGGUGCUGGCCCUGCGGCCCGCAGGAGAGAGCCCGGUGGGGCCGGCGCUGCUGGUGGCGGCCCUGGAGGGAGCGGGCGCGGGGGUCGAGGAGCAGGGUCCCGGGCCCCCGCAGCUGCUGGUGAGCCGCGCGCUGCUGCGGCUCCUGGCCCUGGGCUCCGGGGCGCGGGUGCGGGCGCGGCCGGUGCGGCGGCCGCCGGCGCUGGGCUGGGCGUUGCUUGGCACUUGGCCGGGGCCCGGGCUCGGACCGCGGAUCGGGCCGCUGCUGGUGAGGCGCGGGGAGGCCCUGCCCGUGCCCGGGCCGCGGGUGCUGGAGACGCGGCCGGCGCUGCAAGGGCUGCUGGGCCCGGGGACGCGCCUGGCGGUGACUGAGCUCCGAGGGCGGUCCAGACCGGGCCCGGAGACGGGGGACGGCAGCCGGCCCCCACCCCCGCCCUUGGUGUCCUCCUUUGCGGUUUCCGGUGCAGUCCGGCGACUCCGGGGCGUUCUAGGGGGGACUGGAGAGUCCCUGGGGGUGAGCCGGAGUUGUCUCCGGAGCCUCGGCCUCUUCCAGGGCGAGUGGGUGUGGGUGACCCCGGCCGGAGCGUCCUCGAAGGCUUCCCAGCCCCGCUUGGCCAGGGUGCAGGUCCUGGAGCCUCGCUGGGACCUUUCUGAGCGGCUGGGACCCGGCUCUGGGCCGGUGGGAGAGCCCCUCGCCGAUGGACUGGCCUUCGUGCCUGCCACUCUGGCUUUUAACCUCGGCUGUGACCUCCUAGAAGUGGGAGAGCUCAGAAUCCAGAGAUACUCGGAAGGCUCCAGCGCCCCUGAAGACAAAGGAAGCUGCUCGAUGCUGCCUGGGCCUCCGUAUGCCAAAGAGUUACACAUCGAAAUUGUGUCCUCUCCCCACUACAGCACGAGUGGGAAUUAUGACCACGUUCUGUAUCGGCACUUUCAGACACCCAGGGCAGUCCAGGAAGGGGAUGUUCUGUGUGUGCCAACAGUUGGGCAAGUAGAGACCCUGGAAGGAAGCCCAGAGAAACUGCCCAGGUGGCAGGAGAUGUUCUUUAAAGUGAAGAAAAUAGUUGGGGAAGCUCCAGAUGGGCCAACCAGCGCCUACUUGGCCGACACCACCCAUACCUCCUUGUACUUGGUGGGUUCUACCCUGAGCCCUGUUCCACGGGUCCCGUCGGGAGAAUCCAGUCUCUGGGGCAGCUUAUCUCCUCCGGGCCUGGAGGCCUUGGUGACCGAGCUGUGUGCUGCCCUGAAACCUCGCCUCCAGCCAGGGGGUGCCCUGCUGACGGGAACUGGCAGCGUCCUUCUACGGGGCCCCCCGGGCAGUGGGAAGACCACAGCAGUGGCUGCUGCCUGCAGCCGCCUCGGGCUCCACUUGCUGAAGGUGCCCUGCUCCAGCCUCUGUGCAGACAGCAGCGGGGCUGUGGAGACAAAGCUGCAGGCCACCUUCUCCCGGGCCCGGCGCUGCCGGCCUGUGGUUCUGUUGCUGACAGCCUUGGACCUUCUGGGCCGGGAUCGCGACGGGCUGGGUGAGGACGCCCGUGUGGUGGCCACGCUGCGUCGCCUCCUCCUCGAUGAGGACCCCCUCGCCAGUCCCCACUCCCUGUCCCCACUCCCUGUCUGCAGCUGCCCUCCACUGAUGGUUGUAGCCACCACAAGCCGGGCCCGGGACCUGCCUGCUGACGUGCAGACAGCAUUUCCGCAUGAGCUGGAGGUGCCUGUGCUGUCAGAGGGGCAACGGCUGAGCAUCCUGCAGGCCCUCACUGCCCGCCUGCCCCUGGGCCAAGAGGUGGACCUAGCACAGCUGGCUCGGCGGUGUGCAGGCUUUGUGGUAGGAGAUCUCUGUGCCCUUUUGACUCACAGCAGCCGGGCAGCUUGCACCAGGAUCAGGAACUCUGGUUUGGCCGGCGGCCUGAGUGAGGAGGAUGAGCGGGAGCUGUGUGCUGCUGGCUUUCCGCUCCUGGCGGAGGACUUCGGGCAGGCCCUGGAGCAGCUGCAGUCAGCUCACUCCCAGGCCAUCGGAGCCCCUAAGAUCCCCUCGGUGUCCUGGCACGAUGUGGGCGGGCUGCAGGAGGUGAAGAAGGAGAUCCUGGAGACCAUCCAGCUCCCUCUAGAGCACCCUGAGCUGCUGAGCCUGGGCCUGAGGCGCUCAGGCCUCCUGCUCCACGGGCCUCCUGGCACCGGCAAGACCCUCCUGGCCAAGGCAGUGGCCACUGAGUGCAGCCUUACCUUCCUCAGCGUGAAGGGGCCAGAGCUCAUCAACAUGUACGUGGGCCAGAGUGAGGAGAACGUCCGGGAAGUGUUUGCCAGGGCCAGGGCCGCGGCUCCCUGCAUUAUCUUCUUUGACGAACUGGACUCCUUGGCCCCAAGCCGGGGGCGAAGCGGAGACUCUGGAGGUGUGAUGGACAGGGUGGUGUCCCAGCUCCUGGCUGAGCUGGACGGGCUCCACAGCACUCAGGACGUGUUUGUGAUCGGAGCCACCAACAGACCAGACCUCCUGGACCCUGCCCUGCUGCGGCCUGGCAGAUUUGACAAGCUGGUGUUUAUGGGGGUGAGCGAGGACCGUGCCUCCCAGCUCCGUGUUCUGAGCGCCAUCACACGCAAAUUCAAGUUGGAGCCCUCCGUGAGCUUGGUGACCGUGCUGGACCACUGCCCUCCCCAGCUGACCGGUGCGGACCUCUACUCCCUCUGUUCUGAUGCCAUGACAGCUGCCCUCAAACGCAGGGUUCGGGACCUGGAGGAAGGGCUGGAGCCCAGGAGCUCAGCACUGCUGCUCACCAUGGAGGACCUGCUGCAGGCCGCCGCCCGCCUGGAGCCCUCCGUCAGUGAGCAGGAACUGCUCCGCUACAAGCGCAUCCAGCGCAAGUUUGCCGCCUGCUAGGGCCUCCUGCAGUCUGGGACCCUUCCCCACCCACAGGGGCUAAAGCUCCCUGGGGAUCCCCGCAGACCUGAGAGAGCAGAGGGCUCUGGCUCAGGCUGCCAUUACCCACCUAGGCUACCUACCUCCAGGAGAUCCCCUGGGUGCCAAGGGGGAGAGGCCUGAGAGAAUUCAAGAGGCAUCCUCUGUCCAUUUUUCCAGGCCAGCCCCAGCACUAAGGCCCAUCGGCCCAGGAAGUGGGUUGGGGACCUGGAGUUCUGGGAAUUGGGCCCUGAGGGGGCCAGGUGGAUAGCUAGAAAUAAAGUGUAUGCUGCCCUCUGCUGGUGGUGUGGUGGUUGGCGUGGUGGUGUGGUUGGUAUGGUGGUG